GGAGAGGAAAAGAGAAGAGAGGAAUAAAAGGGGGAAAAAUGAAGAGAGAGGCAGAGGCAACUGAGUCACCGCUUCCUGCAAAGAAGAAGAAGGAGAUUACCCUGAGAAGCUCAGACGGCGCACUCCUUUCCGCGGACGAGUUCCUGGCAGAGCAGUCGGCCGUGGUCCGUAGAGCUAUCAAUUCCAAUCCUGCUGAUAUUCCUCUCAACGUUCCCUCCGUCACCGAAAGCGUCCUCCAUUUGGUCAUCGAAUUCUGCAAGAAGCAGGCCGAGUUCACCGCCGAGAUUAAUGUCGCCGCCAGUGCAGGCAAGAAAGCUAAGGGCGUCAUUGUCGAUUCCGUAGAGAACACUACAGAAGGUAAGGACGCGAUCGCCGUCGAUAAUGGCACGGCUGCCAUAGAGAAGAAGAGGAGGGACUGGGAGGAGGACUUCUUGUUGGUCGACCACGACGUUCUCUACUACCUCAUCAUGGCUGCAGAUGAUCUUGAGAUCGAUAGCCUCCGCAACCUGACAUGUAGGAAGCUUGCUGACUUGACGAAGAAUAAGAGUCCAGAACAAAUCCGAGGGAUGUUAGGCAUUGAUGACGACUUCAGUGAAGAGGAAAAACGAGAGAUCAUGAAGGAGCUUCAAUUGUUUUGAGACUGAUGAUCUGAUGGGCUGCUCAUUUGUUGCCAGUGGAGAAGAAUAUGAUUAGUAUUAGGACAGAAUUCUUCUGUUCACUACAGUGGAAACUGAAAACCUGAGUCUAUUCCCUCGAAUAGAGAAGAAAAUAGUAAACCAGAGAUUUGAUCCAUAUAAUAUCAGACUUAGGACCAUUGCUUCUCCUUGAUCUUUUGUCAUAUAAUCUGAGCAUCUACAGGUGUAGCUAUUCUUCUUAUGUUGAUAUG